UACACCACAUAGUACUCAAUUUCAGCUGCUUCAUCCAAACCCUAAAUAUCUCUCACUUUCUUCCCCCUCCUCCCCCCCGCCAAAAAAAAACCAAAGAGAGAGAGAGAGAGAGAGUAAAAUGGGAGUUCCUCUUCUUUCGUCACCAACACUUCUUAGACUCUUCCUCUUUUCUCUCAUUACGUUGUGUCUCAUUCCUCAACAUGCUCUUGCAAGCAUAACGAGGCACUACAAAUUUGAUAUCAAACAUCAAAAUGUGACAAGACUAUGCCACACAAAGAGCAUUGUAACAGUAAACGGGCAAUUUCCAGGGCCUCGAAUUGUUGCUAGGGAGGGUGAUCACGUCCUUAUUAAAGUGGUUAAUCAUGUUCAAAACAACAUUUCCAUCCACUGGCAUGGCAUUCGACAACUUCGAUCGGGGUGGGCUGAUGGACCUGCAUAUGUUACCCAAUGUCCUAUACAAAAAGGCAAUAACUAUGUCUACAACUUCACCAUUACAGGCCAAAGAGGCACUCUUUUCUGGCAUGCUCAUAUAUCAUGGCUUAGAUCAACUGUUUAUGGUCCCUUGAUCAUACUUCCCAAACGCGGUGUACCUUACCCAUUCGCUAAGCCCUACAAGGAGGUUCCGAUCAUCUUCGGAGAGUGGUGGAAUGUAGACACUGAAGCUAUUAUUAGCCAAGCCUUGCAGACAGGUGGAGGGCCAAAUGUCUCUAAUGCUUAUACCAUCAAUGGACUUCCAGGGCCCUUGUACAAUUGUUCUGUCAAAGACACAUUCAAGCUGAAGGUUCAAUCUGGGAAGACUUACCUUCUCCGCCUAAUCAACGCUGCGCUCAAUGACGAGCUCUUCUUUAGCAUUGCAAACCACACCCUCAAAGUGGUAGAAGCUGAUGCGAUCUAUGUCAAACCCUUUGAGACCAACACAAUUCUGAUUGCCCCGGGGCAGACUACAAAUGUUCUGCUCAAGACCAAAGCAAAUUUCCCCAAUGCCACAUUUUUCAUGACCGCUAGGCCAUACGCGACUGGACUAGGAACCUUUGACAACUCCACUGUUGCUGCUAUUUUAGAGUAUGAAUCACCCUCCAAAACCCUCCAUUCAACCCUCCCAAUGAAGAAGCUUCCGCUCUUCAAACCAUUUAUGCCUGCUCUAAACGACACAUCAUUUGCAACAAAGUUCAGCAACAAACUCCGUAGCUUAGCCAAUGCACAAUUCCCUGCUAAUGUCCCCCAAAAGGUUGACAAACACUUUUUCUUUACAAUAGGCCUUGGAACCAACCCAUGCAGCAACAGUAACCAAACCUGCCAGGGACCUAAUGGAACAAUGUUUGCGGCUUCAGUCAAUAACGUUUCUUUCGCAAUGCCAACCACCGCUCUACUUCAAGCCCACUUCACCGGGCAAUCAAAUGGGGUUUACAGCCCUUACUUCCCAAGCAGUCCUUUAAUUCCAUUUAACUAUACAGGCACCCCACCUAAUAAUACAAUGGUUGGCAAUGGUACAAAGCUAAUGGUACUUCCAUUCAACACUAGUGUGGAGUUGGUGAUUCAGGACACAAGCAUUCUGGGCGUCGAAAGCCACCCUCUUCAUCUUCAUGGAUUUAAUUUCUUUGUUGUUGGACAAGGGUUCGGGAACUUUGACCGGAAUAAGGACCCUGCAAACUUCAAUUUGGUCGAUCCUAUCGAAAGAAAUACUGUGGGUGUGCCCUCUGGUGGAUGGGUUGCAAUACGAUUCUUAGCAGAUAACCCAGGUGUAUGGUUCAUGCAUUGCCAUUUGGAGAUCCAUACUAGUUGGGGCUUGAAGAUGGCUUGGCUAGUCCUAGAUGGAAAGCUUCCAAACCAGAAGUUGCUUCCUCCCCCAGCAGAUCUUCCCACAUGUUAAUGUUUGACUCAAUCUGAGCUGCAUUUUUUGGAUUAGAAACUGCUGCCAUUAUUUUGUAACCCUUCUUUUAUAACUGCACAACUUAAAUUUUAUUGUAUUUGUCCAAUUAUUUUUCAAUAAUUCUUGUACUGAUUCCUGGAAUUUUUGUUCAUUCGAAUUUUUCCAUAUGGAGUUGGGGAAGAAAAAGGUUGAGGGGACACUGUAAGGUUUCAAAUAUUCUAAUGUAAUCAAGAGGCUGAAUAUGAAACAAUGAAUGCUGUACGAUUUUUCAUCA